GCCGCCUUCCCCAUGGCUGCCGCCGCCGCCCCCAUAGCUGCCGCCGCCUCCCCCAUGGAGGCUUCCGUGGAGACACCGCCGGUGGCAAAGGCGGCCCCGGUCCGCCGCAAGCGGAAGCCGCCCAAAGGGAAGUACGCGCAUUUGUCCAAGCGGCCUAAGGUGCUCGGGCCGCGCAAGCUGGAGGCCGGCAUGAGCGGCAUCCUCAUCACUUCCAACGUGGGCCAGCAGAAGUGCGUGGCCGAAGCCUACAACCUGCUGAGCGAGUACGGAGAGCAGCUCUACGGGCCCGGGGAGUUUAUAGAGCAAAAGGUGGUCAGGCUCGGUGAAGAGGAGGAAGAUGAUGCCGAAGCAGCUUUGAAAAAAGAAGUGGAUCAGAUCCGUACCUCCACGGAACAGAAGCGGCGUCGAUUCCAGUCGUUGCCGAGCGGAGCUAACAAUGUGUUUUUCAUUCGAACGCAGGGUGUUGGUAUGUGUGCAUAGAGUUUGCCAAUGAAAUGAUUAUAGUUUGUUUUAGUCCUAAUUUUAUUUAUACAUCACCCUCCCUAAAAAAAAGUCCAAAUGACUCUGUUGUCGUUGUUAGUUGUGAAGUCGUGCCCGACCCAUCGCGACCCCAUGGACAACGUUCCUCCA